AUGCCUCGCAAACUUCCUUGGGCAACGAGUAGCUCCACAACUCUCGUGACCAAAAGAUCUGCCACAGCUGCGAGGUCGACUCCGAAACGGCAAAAGGUCGACACCUCGACCCCGGGAAGCGAUGUAGAUGAUGGCCCUGCUUCAUCGAGGAAAGAAAAGUCGAUUAGGCAGGUUCGCGCCCCUUCGAGUUCACCUCCUCCAGAGCCACCGACAGAAAGAAUUAGAUUCAUGGAUGAGGGCAUCGAGCAAGACGACAAGUUCCGUAUGGUAGAAGAUGAAUUCCUUACGACUGCACAACGGUUCACCGUCCAUCUCCACACCGCCGAGUACAAGCGUCAACAGAAGAGUGUAAAGGCUCAAAAAGCCGAUGAAAUCAAGUCCAUAUCACGUCCAGUCACUGGAAGAAUGCCUGAUCAAACUAGGCGAAAGGUUGAAAGUGUCAACCGAUCAAAGACUCAGAGGAAUGCCCUUGAAAAUAUCCUGAAUCAGAAACCUGGAGAUUCUAAGGACUCCGAUGAUAGCGAUGAUGCUGUAGAUCUUCCAUAUGUCGGCACCACUCUGCACGGCUUAAUGGAUAGUCCUCGUAAGAAAGCUGCAUCCUUGGGGAAGAUUACAUCGAUUACAACUACCACUACCACACGAGCUGCUGCCGGCUUCCAAAGGCCAUCAUCGCUGUUGAGGUCUUCUCAAUUGUCUGCCCCAGAACCACCCAGAGUUUCCCGGGGUAGGAAAGCGCCUCAUAAUGGAACCGAGAGCUCAACAGCGUCAUCGGACGAAGAUGAUGAUGACCUCGAUGCACCAAUACCGGCCCCAAGGUUACCUGCCCUCGAUUCGAAGCAAACCUCCAAGCAUAGCUUGCUGUCCAGUUCUCGUUCAAUUCCUACCACUAAUUUCAGGAAAGGUACAGCAAGUGUUGCCAAAUCAGAUUUCAGUUCCUCGCCCAACAAAGUGGUUGCUGUUGAGAAGUCAUCAUCGGGACGCCCUUUUCAGGAGGCCAAGGCUACGACUGUUUCGAAUACUGCUAAACCUCGGAUGUCCCGGGUGGAAUUUGCUAGACAGAAAUCAAAGCAGCAAGAGCUCGAGCAACAGAAAAAGAAACGUGACGUUAUUCCUAUGUUUCUGUGA